GUCUGCUCGUGCCACUCUUUCAAAAAUAAUCUCAUUCUUUUGCUUCCAAAGCUCUGCUUUAGUUUCAAUCUUAGCAGGAACUACGAAACCAAGGCUGGAGAUUUUAGUCUAAGCUUCUUCUUCCUCUUCCUAUGCAAUCGUCGUAUGAAUCUACUGAAAUCGACUAGAAACAUGGCGAAUCGUGGUUAUAAGCUGCAGGAGUUUGUGGCACAUUCCGGAAAUGUGAAUUGUCUAAGUAUCGGAAAGAAGACAUCACGGCUCCUUCUAACCGGUGGAGAUGAUUAUAAGGUCAACCUUUGGUCCAUCGGCAAAACCACUUCGCUUAUGAGUCUUUGUGGGCAUACAAGCCCGGUUGACUCAUUAGCUUUUAACUCGGCAGAAGUUUUGGUGCUAGCUGGAGCUUCUUCAGGUUUGAUAAAGCUGUGGGAUCUACAAGAAGCAAAGAUGGUUCGAGCUUUUACUGGACACAGAUCCAAUUGUUGUGCUGUUGAGUUUCAUCCAUUUGGUGACUUUCUUGCUUCGGGAUCCAGUGACACAAAUCUAAGGGUUUGGGAUACCAGAAAGAAGGGAUGCAUCCAAACGUACAAGGGUCAUACUCGUGGCAUUACCACUAUCAAAUUUAGUCCUGAUGGUCGUUGGGUAGUGUCUGGAGGACUUGACAACGUUGUAAAGGUAUGGGAUUUGACUGCUGGAAAGCUCUUGCAUGAGUUUAAAUUUCAUGAAGGACCUAUCCGUUCACUAGACUUCCAUCCGCUUGAGUUUCUCCUAGCCACAGGUUCUGCUGACGGGACUGUGAAAUUCUGGGAUUUGGAAACGUUUGAACUGAUUGGAUCUACUAGACCAGAGGCUACUGGAGUUCGUGCAAUCACGUUUCAUCCAGAUGGACAAACUCUUUUCUGUGGAUUGGAUGAUGGCUUGAAGGUUUAUUCAUGGGAACCAGUGAUUUGCCAGGAUGGUGUCGAUAUGGGAUGGUCAACACUUGGUGACUUCUGCAUCAAUGGAGGAAAGUUCAUUGGUUGUUCAUAUUACCGAAAUUCUGUUGGGAUUUGGGUCUCAGAAAUAUCGCAACUUGAACCAUAUGGAGCUGGAUGUGAGGAUAAUAAUGGAUGCAUGGUGAAAAGAUUCAGUGUCUUGGAUGAUCAGUCCUCUGAGAGAAUGGGAAGUGGCCCAAGGUGCAGUUCAUCACCAGAUUAUGAGACACGAGAGAUCAAAAACAUAUACGUUGACUGCGGAAAUAUAAAUGUUGCGCAAAAUCCAGGAUCUCUGAAACCGGCAUUGCCUUUGGAACUAGGAAAAAUCUCUAAUAUGGCGAGCAAGAAGCAGAAUGCAACAAAUUUUGGACAAGCAGGGGAUAAGUAUUCUAGUAUGCAUACUGUCGUAUCGCGGGAUAGUGAUAAUGGAGAAGAACCUUCUCAUUCAGGAAGGGAAUCUAUCAGUUUCUCAAGAACAAAAUCGGGUAUGUUGCUAAAACCAGCUCAUGUAAAAAAGACUCGAGAAAAGUUUGAAGAUUCAAAGCAGUCGGCGGUUGUUCAGUUUGAAACUCGGAAGAACAGUGGAUUGGAUGUUGAAGCAGAGCCGCACACUCAAAAUGUGUUCCUUUCAGAACAGAGUGGUAGUAAACCAUUUGAUGCGGAAGAGGCUACCAUCAAGGGUAUGACAGACAAGUUUGAAAAAGUUUUAUCAUCUGAACCACGAACUGAUGAAGCGAAUCGUAUGCUGCAUAAACCACCUCGUGUACAGAGAUCAUCAAAUAAUCAGUGCAAUGAGUCAAGACGAGCAAUGUCUAUUGAUUCUGAGACUUUUGGCAACAACAAAGAUGGGUUGGAUUACUCAAGAGGCGUAGACUUGCCAACAGGUAGAAACUUAUUUAGAGAGGACAUCAAUAACCAGAACAUUUCCAGCAAAACAGAAAGAGUUUUCUUGCCAGAAAAAACUGGUGACGAACAGAAAGACACUGUAUACCCUGGAGGCAGCAGAGAACUGAAUCCAAUGAAUAUUGUUGGAGGAGUAAAAGUUGUCUCAGGGAGGACACGCUCAUUGGUUGAGAGGUUUGAGAGAGGAGAAAAACUUACUCAUAUGGAAGCAGCCAGUUCAACAAUAACUCAGAACACUAAUUCGGGGCAGGAAGAUCCACGGAAGAUAUCAAGACAGACAGGAGAAACUCCUAUAAUAUCAACACGGCGAGCUAGGAGUACUCCAGCCAGAGUGAUGCCUAUCGUGCUCAAUCAAGAUAGUAACAUGACAUCUGAUGAGCCUCCUUUAACACAACCAGCUAGGACUUCUUCUGUUCCAGUGAUGCCUGUGAUAAUCAACCAAGCUACUACUGUAACCUAUGAUGAGCGUUCUGUAACAUUAACACAACAAUCUAGAACUUCUCCAGCCCGGAGAUUGCCUGUGACAUUCAAUCAGGCGGCACAAAUCGCAUCUAAUGAGGCUUCUGUAACAUCAAGACGACCAGGCAGGACUUCUUCAGCACGAGUAAAACGUGUGUCACUCAGUCAGGGAAUGGACAUGACAUCUCAUGAGUGUCCUGUAACAUUAACACGCUCAUCUAGGACUUCUCCAGCCCGUGUAAUGCCCUCAAAACUGAAUCAACCUGAUAACAUGACAUCUCAUAUAGCAUCCAGGCACCGAGUUAGUCCAACUCAAAUGCUGGCUACGCCCACUGUGAUUGAUCAGAUGGCCGAUAUGGCGCUGGAUGAGACACAUGUAGCACAAAUUCAACAAGCUUGCGACAACUUACCGCAGAAGGAAGAGCCUGAAAUAUCUGGGAGGGAGAAUGAUAGUGAAAUCAUUGAUACUCUAAUGCAAAGUCAUGAUGAAUUCUUAAGCACUCUUCAAUCAAGGUUGGCAAAGUUACAAAUUGUAAGACAUUUUUGGGAGCGUAGCGAUGUUAAAGGCGCGAUAGGGGCAUUGAAAAAUCUGACAGAUCAGUCUGUUCAAGCAGAUGUGAUCAGUAUUCUAACCGACAAAAUAGAAAUUCUCACUUUGGAUAUGUUUUCUCAAUUGGUCCCAGUCCUCACAAGCUUAUUGGGUAGCAGGACAGAAAGGCCGGUAAAUGUCUCCUUGGAUAUGCUAUUGAAGCUUGUAGCAGUCUUCGGUACAGUUAUACGCUCAACUGUUUCAGCUCCACGAGUUGUCGGUGUUGAUCUUCAUGCAGAUGAAAGGCUAGAAGUCUGCCAAAUAUGUUCUGCCGGAUUGCACAAGAUUCAAAGGAUUCUUCCAGUUCUCGCAAGAAGAGGCGGUCUAAUAACAAGAAAGGCUCAAGAACUAAACCUAGUUCUUCAAGAGCCAUAACCACAGGCAAAACCAUCAGUAAUCGUCAUAUAACUGCUAGGCAAGUUGUUGUAAUGUACAUUGCAAAAGAAGCUUCUUGUGUCUCUCGUGUGCAAUCUCACUGAGGUUUUUGUAUGUAUGUGGAUUCAUAUAUCAGAGAGAAAGAGGCAGUUCUGCGAAAUCGAACUAUGUAGUCCCAGAAGAAAUACUUGGAAGCUAAUGGUUGUUGUAAAUCAUUUUUGGCCUGAGUAGCUUCAGUUCUUGAUUUGUUGUUAAACCGUGGAACUGCAACUCAUAUUGAUGUAAUUUCUUAGUUAAGUUCCUAACUGAUGUGUCAAUGCCUAAUGGGUUUGUGUCUACAAUAUCACUUUUGAUAGACUUGAGA